GCCCCCUCCCUCCGCCGCGAGCCGCGGCUGAACGUCGAUACCGAAACUGUCCCACGGUUCGUGCGCUGCACAAAUGGCUGCUGCGUCCGCAGACGAGACACCAGCGAUGGGCGCCGAGGACGACGCGCCGACCGCUGAGGCGAACGAGGGCGAGGAAGAAGAGAAGGCCCCCGUCGAAACGGAAACGGAGGAGCCCGACGGUAACGUACAGAGCGAAGAGGCUGGCGCGGAGGCCGGCGACGAGACGCCCGCUGGAGGGGCGGACAAGGCCGCGGGCGAGGCGGAGGAGGCGCACGGCGGCGCCGUAACGGACAACCGGGAGGCGACGGUCGCUCCCGGAGAGCCGGGCCCGAAGCCCGAGGAGUCCGAGCCCAGGGAGCCGAAGCCCGAGGAGUCCGAGCGACGCUCCGGAGGCGUCAACAGCGAGUCCGCCGACGACGGCGGGGCGAAAGAGGCGAAGGAGGAACCGGGAGAAGACGGCCGGUGCUCGGGGGCGGACUGCGAGAAGAGCAAGGCAGUGGGUGAAGACGGCGAGAAGCCCGGCGGCGGCGGCGGGGAGCUGGACGACAAGAGGCGGCCGAGUGUGGAGAUGUCAUCCUCGGACGGGGAACCGCUGAGCCGCAUGGACUCGGAGGACAGCAUCAGCAGCACCCUGAUGGAGAUGGAGAGCACCGUGUCCAGCGGACGCUCCACUCCUGCCAUGAUGAACGGGCAGAGCAACGCCAGCUCCUCUGGGGCGAAGACCGUGGCUUACUCCUGCUGCUGGGACCUCUGUCCGCAGUGCUUCAACUCCAGCCCCGAUCUGGCCGAGCAUAUCAGGGGCAUUCAUGUGGAUGGACAGAGAGGAGGGGUGUUUGUGUGCCUGUGGAAGGGUUGCAAGGUGUAUAACACACCGUCCACCAGUCAGAGUUGGCUCCAGAGACACAUGUUGACCCACAGUGGAGAUAAGCCCUUCAAGUGUGUAGUCGGUGGCUGCAAUGCCAGCUUUGCUUCCCAGGGAGGGCUGGCUCGCCACGUACCCAGUCACUUCAACCAGCAGAGCUCCUCCAAGAUGUCCAGCCAGGCAAGACUCAAAGAGGAGUCGCCCUCCAAGGCUGGACUCAACAAGAGGAAGAAGCUCAAGAACAAACGCAGGUGCUCCCUACCGAGGCCACAUGACUUCUUUGACGCUCAGACCAUGGAUGCUAUUCGCCACCGGGCCAUCUGCCUCAACCUCGCCACCCACAUUGAAAGCGUGGGCAAUGGCCACAGCGUGGUCUUCCACAGUUCGGUGCUGGCCAGAAGGAAAGAGGGGACUGGCAAGGUGAAGGUUCUCCUGCAUUGGACUCCUGAGGACAUACUACCUGACGUGUGGGUGAAUGAAACGGAGCGAUGUCAACUGAAGACUAAAGUGGUGCACUUGUCCCAGCUACCGCAGGACACGGCCACGCUGCUAGACCCAAACAUCUAUAGAGCACUCCCUCAAAAGCGACUGAAGCACAGCCUGUAAGAGUCACCCGUGGACUUGAUACUUAAGGGAAAAUCCUCGCUCGUAGGAGGGCUGUCUGUACGGAAUGGGACACUCUUCAUCUGUCUCUGCUGAGCGGGGGAAGUGAAGUGGCGAUGAAAGGAAGUGAGACUUGAAUUUGCCCCCCCCCCCCCCCCCCCCCCCCUUUCAUUUUUGUGUAUCAGAAAAUGGUUGUAGACAAGUGGUGUAAAAUGGGACUAACAUUGUUUUUUAAAGUUUGUGUUCAUCAAAAACUUAAAUGAAUGUUGUUUUUUUAACAAGCUGAAAAUAUUCUUUAUACCCAAUGGUGUAAAAAACAGUUUUGUGUAACUUUGUCAGAAAAUGCAGCAUAUUUUAUAACCAUUUUUGUGUAAAAUAUUUAUGCAGAUUUGUAACUUAUUUUUAUACCAUGAAAAUGCUGUUGUACUGUGGAUUUUGGUGACGUUUUUUAAAUAGAUCCGUAUUUACUGUGAUAAUCUAUGUUAACCAUCACAUAUAGGGACAUUUGAACAGCUCUUGUUGUAAUUAUGUUGUACAUAAACAAAAGUCUUAACAGAUUAUACUAUUUAUACUUACUGGAUUCAGUACUGUUACCUGUGUGUAUGACGGUGAAGUGUGGCGUCGUGCCAGUCAUGUCACGACUUGUAUUCAACACAAUGCAAACUGUUGCAGGAGCAAUAACUCAGUGUAGCUCUUAAUCUCACCCGGUCUGUAGAGAGUACAGCAUAAAGAUUACUCUGACAUGUCAGCACACUUAAAAAGUGUGAAUCGCUCCAAUUCAUCAAGUUAACAUGAGCUGUGUAUACCAUAGUCGCUGUGAUACAUUUACAUCACCACCAUUAGGAAUUAUCGUUCGAAGUUGUGUUUUCUACCCUGUUGACCCUUUUGCAAAUUGUGUUUGUAAUAAAACGGGGGAAUCGACAGAUGCUGA